AUGGAGACUCGUGAACGCAACCAAGUUGUCGCCGAAGCUGAUCGUUAUAACAACUUCCAUCGCUCACCACUUCUUCUCUCCGGAAAAGGUCGCUAA